GGAGCUUGGCCACCGCGCUGGGCUGCGGGCGGAUGGGCGAACGGGCUCGGCGCACAGGGGGCUCCUCCUUCGCUUCUCCCGAUCCCCGGCGGUGCCAGGCACGGUGCCGGUUGCCGAGGGAACGCCUUUGUGCCCGGUCCUGGGAACCCGCGACGGCCGCCGCGCGCCCCGGUCCAUUGUUUCACUUAUCUGGGUUCCAGGCAGGUGCGGGCGGCGCGCGGGGUCCGCACGUGUCACUCCGGCGGCUGGGGCGCCGGGACCCGCGGGCGCCGGCAGGGGCGUUCCCGGGCGCGCGGCGGCGAUGAAACACCUGAAGCGGUGGUGGUCGGCCGGCGGCGGCCUCCUGCACCUCACCCUCCUGCUGAGCUUGGCGGGGCUCCGCGUAGACCUAGAUCUUUACCUGCUGCUGCCGCCGCCCACCUUGCUCCAGGACGAGCUGCUGUUCCUGGGCGGCCCGGCCAGCUCCGCCUACGCCCUCAGCCCCUUCUCGGCCUCGGGAGGGUGGGGGCGCACGGGCCACUUGCACCCCAAGGGCCGGGAGCUGGACCCUGCCGCGCCGCCCGAGGGCCAGCUGCUCCGAGAGGUGCGCGCGCUCGGGGUCCCCUUCGUCCCUCGCACCAGGGUGGAUGCGUGGCUGGUGCACAGCGUGGCUGCUGGGAGCGCGGACGAGGCCCACGGGCCGCUCGGCGCCGCCACCGCCUCGUCCACCGGAGGAGCCGGCGCCAGCGUGGACGGCGGCAGCCAGGCUGUGCAGGGGGGCGGCGGGGACCCCCGAGCGGCUCGGAGUGGCCCCUUGGACGCCGGGGAAGAGGAGAAGGCACCCGCGGAACCGACGGCUCAGGUGCCGGACCCUGGCGGAUGUGCGAGCGAGGAGAACGAGGUACUAAGAGAAAAGCACGAAGGUGUGGAUCAUAGUUCCCAGCAUGAGGAAAAUGAAGAAAGGGUGUCAGCCCAGAAGGAGAACUCAUUUCCGCAGAAUAAUGAUGAUGGGAACAAAAUAGCAGAGAAAUCUGACUGGGAGGCAGAAAAGACCACUGAAUCUAGAAAUGAGAGACAUCUGAAUGGGACAGAUACUUCUUUCUCUCUGGAAGACUUAUUCCAGUUGCUUUCAUCACAGCCUGAAAAUUCACUGGAGGGCAUCUCAUUGGGAGAUAUUCCUCUUCCAGGCAGUAUCAGUGAUGGCAUGAAUUCUUCAGCACAUUAUCAUGUAAACUUCAGCCAGGCUAUAAGUCAGGAUGUGAAUCUUCAUGAGGCCAUCUUGCUUUGUCCCAACAAUACAUUUAGAAGAGAUCCCAUAGCAAGGACUUCACAGUCACAAGAACCAUUUCUGCAGUUAAAUUCUCAUACCACCAAUCCUGAGCAAACCCUUCCUGGAACUAAUUUGACAGGAUUUCUUUCACCGGUUGACAAUCAUACGAGGAAUCUAACAAGCCAAGACCUACUAUAUGACCUUGACAUAAAUAUAUUUGAUGAGAUAAACUUAAUGUCAUUGGCCACAGAAGACAACUUUGAUCCAAUCGAUGUUUCUCAGCUUUUUGAUGAACCAGAUACUGAUUCUGGCCUUUCUUUAGAUUCAAGUCACAACAGUACCUCUGUCAUCAAGUCUAAUUCCUCUCACUCUGUGUGUGAUGAAGGUGCUAUAGGUUAUUGUACUGACCAUGAAUCUAGUUCCCAUCAUGACUUAGAAGGUGCCGUAGGCGGCUACUACCCAGAACCCAGUAAGCUUUGUCACUUGGAUCAGAGUGAUUCUGGUUAUCAUGGGGAUCUUACAUUUCAACACAUAUUUCAUAACCACACUUACCACUUACAGCCAAGUGUACCAGAAUCUACUUCUGAACCUUAUUUGUGGCCUGAGAAGUCACAGAAGAUAAGGCGUAGACACCUUGAAGACACAGAUAGAAACUUGAGCCGUGAUGAACAGCGUGCUAAAGCUUUGCAUAUCCCUUUUUCUGUAGAUGAAAUUGUCGGCAUGCCUGUUGAUUCCUUCAAUAGCAUGUUAAGUAGGUAUUAUCUGACAGACCUACAAGUCUCACUUAUCCGUGACAUCAGACGAAGAGGGAAAAAUAAAGUUGCUGCGCAGAAUUGUCGUAAACGCAAAUUGGACAUAAUUUUGAAUCUAGAAGAUGAUGUAUGUAACUUGCAAGCAAAGAAGGAAACUCUUAAGAGAGAGCAAGCACAAUGUAACAAAGCUAUUAACAUAAUGAAACAGAAACUGCAUGACCUUUAUCAUGAUAUUUUUAGUAGAUUAAGAGAUGACCAAGGUAGGCCAGUCAAUCCAAACCACUAUGCUCUCCAGUGCACCCAUGAUGGAAGUAUCUUGAUAGUACCCAAAGCACUGGUAGCCUCAGGCCACAAAAAGGAAACCCAAAAGGGAAAGAGAAAGUGAGAAGAAACUGAAGAUGGACUCUAUUAUGUGAAGUAGUAAUGUUCAGAAACUGAUUAUUUGGAUCAGAAACCACUGAAACUGCUUCAAGAAUUUUAUCUUUAAGUACUGCUACUUGAAUAACUCAGUUAAGGCUCUGUUUUGAAGCUUACAUGGACAAACGUUUAGGACUUCAAGAUCAUACUUGUGGGCAAUCUGGGGGAGCCACAACUUUUCAUGAAAUGCAUUGUAUACAAAAUUCAGUUAUGUCCAAAGAAUAGGUUAACAUGAAAACCCACUAAGACUUUCCAUCUUGACAGCCAUCCUUUUUAAGAGUAAGUCGGUUACUUCAAAAAGAGCAAACACUGGGGAUCAAAUUAUUUUAAGAGGUAUUUCAGUUUUAAAUGCAAAAUAGCCUUAUUUUCAUUUAGUUUGUUAGCACUAUAGUGAGCUUUUCAAACACUAUUUUAAUCUUUAUAUUUAACUUAUAAAUUUUGCUUUCUAUGGAAA